CCUCGCCGCGGCGCCCGGCCCCGCGAGCAAAUAUUUGACAUUCCAGACUUAUCUCGAGGGGGGCGAGGCCCGAAGAGCGACGUUGCCCCCUCCCCCGGGCCCGAUUGGCUUGGCGUUUGCCUGGGUGGGCGGUGCAGAGAGGGGCACCGGCGCGUGGACGCCAGGCUACAUCCCCAGGGGAAGCGCUGGUCGCCGGAAGGACUGUCUACUUCCCACUCCCCCCAGGCUGCCGUGUCCCGGCGCGAGUCACCUCCGACCCCGGCACUUCCGUCUUUAUCCUUCAAAUGGGGGCGCGCCGGAGUGUGGGUUCAGUGGGCAAGGCGUCGGAGGCCCCUCCACCAGGGCGUGUUCGCCUUCCGAGGGUCCGGACGCAACGCCCUGCUUUCCCGAAACCGCGAGUUCUCACAGCUGGUGAUCGGGGAUGUGGCUCUGCUGGGCGGGGGCCCCUACAUGCUCUGCACUGAUGGACAGCAGCUGCUGCGACAGGUCCUGCAUCCUGAGGCCUCUAGGAAGAACCUGGUACUCCCCGACACCUUCUUCUCCUUCUACGACCUCCGCAGAGAGUUCCAUGUGCAGCACCCAAGCGCCCGCCUCGCCAGGGACCUCACCGUGGCCACCAUGGCACAGGAGUUGGGGCUGGAAACAGAUGCCACAGAGGAUGACUUUGGGGUCUGGGAAGUGAAGACAAUGGUAGCUGUCAUCCUCCACCUACUUGAAGGGCCCAAUGAUCAAUUGUUUUCGAAGCCCGAGGUGAUAAAGCAGAAAUAUGAGACGGGACCUUGCAGCAAGGCUGAGGUGGUGGACAGUGAGACCGUGGUUCGGGCCCGUGGGCUGCCCUGGCAGUCAUCAGACCAGGACGUGGCUCGCUUCUUCAAAGGACUCAACAUUGCCAGGGGUGGUGUAGCCCUCUGCCUCAAUGCCCAGGGGCGAAGAAAUGGCGAGGCCCUCAUCCGCUUUGUGGACAGUGAGCAGCGGGACCUAGCGUUGCAGAGACACAAGCACCACAUGGGUGUCCGCUACAUUGAGGUAUACAAAGCAACAGGAGAGGAGUUUGUAAAGAUCGCAGGGGGCACAUCACUAGAGGUGGCUCGGUUCCUGUCACGGGAAGACCAAGUGAUCCUGCGGCUGCGGGGACUGCCCUUCUCAGCUGGGCCAGCAGACGUGCUCGACUUCCUGGGGCCAGAGUGCCCAGUGACGGGGGGUGCCGAUGGGCUGCUCUUUGUGCGCCACCCUGACGGCAGGCCCACUGGCGAUGCCUUUGCACUCUUUGCCUGUGAGGAGCUGGCACAAGCUGCACUGCGCAGGCACAAGGGCAUGCUGGGUAAGCGAUACAUUGAACUCUUCCGGAGCACUGCAGCCGAGGUGCAGCAGGUCCUGAACCGCUACGCUUCCAGUCCACUCCUUCCCACACUGACUGCUCCACUGCUGCCCAUCCCCUUCCCGAUGGUAGCUGGGACUGGGAGAGACUGUGUACGCCUCCGAGGCCUGCCCUACACAGCCACCAUCGAAGACAUCCUAAGCUUCCUGGGGGAGGCAGCAGCUGACAUCCGGCCCCAUGGUGUGCACAUGGUGCUCAACCAGCAGGGCCGGCCAUCUGGCGAUGCCUUCAUCCAGAUGACGUCAGCAGAGCGGGCCUUAGCUGCUUCUCAGCGUUGCCAUAAGAAAGUGAUGAAGGAACGCUAUGUGGAGGUAGUUCCCUGCUCCACAGAGGAGAUGAGCCGUGUGCUGAUGGGGGGCACUUUGGGCCGCAGCGGCAUGUCUCCUCCACCCUGCAAACUGCCCUGCCUCUCGCCACCAGCCUACGCCACCUUCCAAGCCACCCCAACACUCAUUCCCACUGAGACGGCAGCUCUCUAUCCCUCUUCAGCACUGCUCCCAGCUGCCAGGGUGCCUGCUGCCCCCACUCCCAUUGCCUACUACCCCGGGCCAGCCACUCAACUCUACAUGAACUACACAGCUUACUACCCCAGCCCCCCAGUCUCUCCCACCACUGUGGGCUACCUCACCACGCCCCCUGCGGCCCUGGCUUCUGCUCCUACCUCAGUGUUGUCCCAACCAGGAGCCCUGGUCCGUAUGCAGGGUGUCCCAUACACAGCUGGUAUGAAGGAUCUGCUCAGCGUCUUUCAGGCCUACCAGCUAGCCCCUGAUGACUACACCAGCCUGAUGCCUGUUGGUGACCCACCUCGCACUGUGCUACAGGCCCCCAAAGAGUGGGUGUGUUUGUAGAUGAGGGAGUCAGGAGGUAAGAGCUGGCUGAUGUCUUCAGCUAACGUCUCUCCUGCAUCCAGAGAACCAGUGCCCUCAUCCUGGUGACUUCUUUCUGAAGGCACUCAGAGGAUCUCAAGCCCCAGCUCCAUCCCCCCACUUACUGCUCUGCUGUUCACCCUAAAGAUGAUAGCUAAAUCUUACAUGUAGGGCUGGGGGUGGAAUGGUGCUACCCUGCUCCCAAAGGCCUGACCUGGGCCUCUUGAGUAGCACCCGGAGAGCCGUUGGUCUGUUCUGGCUAUGGCCCAUGCCCACAGAUACUGUGGGGCUGACAUCCACAGCAGGCUUGCCUUUUUAAAAAUGUAAGCCCUGGUGCCUUCAAUGUAUGACUCCUGGGAGCUUCUGAUGGUGGAGCAGAGAAACAGAGUGCUGGCCCCAGUCCCCAGGAUGCUUGGACCUCAAUGGCUACACUGUGCCAGGGGUGGUCCCACUUAAGGCUGCCAGCCCCUCCAGCUUGGCACAAGGAAUACCAGACGGCAAAACCACAGGCUGUUUUGAUGAGCUGUACUGCGGUACCCCCAGAGGACACUAGGGGGCAGGAGGCCCUCACAUAAAAACUCAGGCUUGAAUUUUAAAGGAGACUUUUCUGCCUACUUUUUGUGCACACCUUGGGCAGGCCAGUUGUCCUGAACUUAGCAGACACGGUGGAAUGUCCUUUGCACCCAUUAGAAGGUGCAGAACUGAAGCUGCAGAAAGAAUUUGGAACUCUACCCUCUCCAGAAAAUAAACAAAGGUUCCUAACCACGUGGACUUUCUAAAAGCCAAAGUGCCCUUAGCUUUGGCCCCCAGGGUGAGGGGCUCCUCACCAGCCCCAGUCAGAGGAAAACUCAGGCAGAAUUCAAGGAGACUGUUGACCUGUCAUCGUUUAUUAUUUCAGCACUGUAACUGAGGAGCCUGAAUUGCUGGCUCUUCCCUUUGUAUUGUGUAAGGAGCACUGUACUCCUAUAAAAGGUUUUAAAAUACAAAAUGUACAAGAAAACACAGUCCCGAGUGCUGUAAACUGAACAUCAUCCAUUUUAUAAAAUACAAGGUUUCAACUUGA